GCAUGCAUGGGAUUGGGAAGAGUUUUCUGUUCAUACGACACUAUGUGGUUUACUGGAAGACUUCGACCGUCAAAAUGGUGGCGUCCAUGCGGGGCUUCGCUGGACAGCCCACUGGCAUGAGCCGCUGAAAGUGCAUACUACAUAGGAUUAGGCGCACUGGUGAAAAAACCUAGCUUGAGAGUGCUGUGUUAAGUUGCGGUGGCACGGAAGUGGGGAUGAUCGGCGGAGGCAAUUGCACAAUGAAGAAUCGCAGAUGACGAUUCACGGAGGCGACGUCGCGCCGAUUGCCAGCUCAACACAUGGCUCCAAGCAGAGGGCACAAGUGGUUGUCACAAAAGCACCCACUCGUGUCAAGAGCGGUCCACUCAAGGGCAAUCUACAGCUGCCAAAGGAGCCUCAGGGCAUUCUUGCAGUGCCGGUCAAGACAGGGCCAAAGUCCCAACCAGUGGCAUUGGGUCCAACGGCCUUACGGCUGAUUGAGGAGGAGAAAAGGGCGGUGCGGCGCCAUAGAAAGCGGCUAGCAAAGAUCGUCGUAGAUCAGUGGCGGUACUUCGCACAAAAGGCCCUUCUGGCCCUGGAGUUCCGACGCCGUGUUCUGGACCGCCGAAAGCAUCAGUGCUGGGUCGCCUGGCGGGAGGCGGUGUCAACGCGGCGCCUGAAAUGGACCCUGCAAGCCAGAGCUGUGGCGCGGCGCCGCUUGACACUGGAACGUCAGGUGUGGGCUCGGUGGGUUGCGCAUGUGCAGACGCAGAAGCAGUACCAGAAGGCGGCGGCCCGGCUGCUCUGGAUGGAUGCGCGCCGGCUGUACAGCACCGCGUUUACCGCUCUCAAGGCCCACCGCACCGCCUCCCUCGUCAAGCGCCAAGCCACCGCGAUCGCUCUGUCCCACUGGCGCCGCGCGACGCUCUCUCGCUUUCUCGCCAGCUGGCGCACCGCCUCUGAAGCUGGGCAACAGAAACUCGCGCAGCGAGUUGAGGCACUCCAGCGAUGGGCGGCCUGGAGAAAACGAAGUGUCUUAAACGCUUGGCGUCAGGUUAUCAAAACCCAGAAAAAGUACCGGGGAAUCAGCCAGCGGUUAGCCGAAAAGCGGGUUAAGGGGCAGAAAGCGGAGGUUCUGAUGCAGUGGCGGGCGGCGCUGGUGCAGAAGCGGGCGGACGACGCCAAGCUGGACAGGGCCUAUGCGUUCCAGUACAUGUAUAUAGUGCGGACGGUCAUCCGGUGGUGGGCCUUGUUUGUGGCGCAGCGGAAAGAACGGAGGGUGGAGAAAGAGUGUGCAAUGGGGAGUGCUGCCGAGCAUGCGGAGCGACAGCUGGCGCGCCGGGGAUACGCUGCUUGGCGGUAUUAUGUGGAGGGGCGAAGGAGGAAGGUCGUGGCGCUUGACAUGGCGGAGGCGGCGAACCUGCUCCGGAUCAAGACGCUCGUUGUACGGUCCUGGUUGAAGUACCACCAACGGAAGCAAGUCCUCAAGGACAACACCGCUUGCGCACGGGAGUUCGCCGACUUCCAGCUCCAAUACAAGGCGGUCCUCGCGCUGAAACUCCAUGUACAGCACAAGCGCAGCCAGGAGCAGCACAGCAUCAUCGCGGGGAGGCACUGGGUCCGGCACAUGAAGAGGGCAGCCUUCACAAAGUGGCGGUCAGCUGCUGGGGCGGCGGUUCUGGAGCGAGAAGCAACGGAGGAGAUGCUGGAGGAAAAGAAGAUGGUCAUCGUCCGCGCAUGGCAGCGCGACUUCUCCCUCUCGCGCGCGCUCUACGGCUGGCGCCUCUACGUCGCCUCUCAGCGGCACUCCCGACACCAGAACCGAAAAGCCGCCCACUUCCUCCGCUCCAAACUAUUUCGCAAGGCCUUUGCCGCUCUCGCCGCUCACGUUGCAAAACGGCGACGGAAAGAACAGUUGAAGCGCAGCGCAGACGAGGCCUACCGGAAACAGCUCCUGCGCAGAAUGCUCUGCGUACACUGGCGAGAGGCCCUGUCGCAAGCGGCCGCGAAGCGGGAAGCUUAUAGUUGCGCGGAGGCAUUCAGGAAUACGCGCCUGGAACGGGUCUCUCUAGAGGUGUGGCGAGUGCGGACUGCGAAGUGGGCGCUGAAAAGCGAAGCCGUCCGGAGAGCGGCGGUGCAUCACGAGGGGGUUCUGCUCGGUCGGGCGCUCCGGGCGUGGAAAGAGCGGCUGGCUUUCUGGCGCGGAAAACGGACAGCGGAAGAGAAACGGGUCCGGGCUUCAAGGCGGGAACUCGGAGGUUUGGUCGCGGCACGGGUAUUUGCAGCGUGGAUUGAGCAGCACGAUCGGAGGCUGGUGCGAAAACUGACGUCAGCACGCGCGCGGGGGCACUACCGGGAGGUGUACGAGCGGCGGGGUCUGGCGGUCUGGAGGGCGUGGCUGGUCGAGCAGAAACGGAAACGGAACGCGUGGCAGCGGGCGGAACAGCUGAGCGGAAAGCUGUUGGAGAGGCGGGCGGUUGCGGCGUGGAGAGAGUUCGUGGGGGUGCAGAGAAGGAAGAAGGAGAGGCAGGCGUGGGCGUUGCGGGUGUGGAGCAGGAGGAUGCAGAGGCUGGCCUUUCAGGCUUGGACUUCCUACUUAGUGGAGCGGAGGGCCAAGUCUGCUGCCACGACGUCAGCAGACCGUCUGUACCAAUCGCGCCUGGUUCACGUGGUGGCCUCCCACUGGCUCGCGAAAACCCGCCGACGUCAGCAGCUGCGGCUGCAGAUUGCGCUGGAGAAGCAGGCGCUGACGUCAAUCGCGCAGCUCGCACGUGUGGCGCCGUAUGCGAGGAGGUGGCGCCACUUGGCGCGCAUGCGGAGGGCCGAGCGGGAGGGGUCCCGCCACCGGGCCCUGUUGGACGGCUGGGCGGCCCGGAACGUCAGCGCCGGGUGGAGGAGCCUGCCCAAAACGGGGCCUUUCGGUGGGGGCAUGGGGCUGAGGCGGGGUGACGUCAGCAUGACGACAGCUCCAGCGGUACAAAAAGAAGCUCUCGCAGCCAGCGCCACUUUAGCACACUUGCGUGAGGUCGCUCAGACUCCAGCGAAGGCAGUCUUCGCUGUCAAAAGCGAUCCCCCCGUGACAGUGGCAUCGCCGCCUCUCAACGUGCCGCCCGCAGAAAGAACGGCCGAACCGGCCUCAGCUUCUGUCAGCGCCCGAGGGACGGGCCCUGUUUCGUCCGUCGUCGAACGGAUCACCGCUUCGAUCGCCUCUGGCGCCAGCGUUCUCGACGCGCUGCCCCCCUGGGCCAGGGCCCACAGCCGUCCCCCUCCACGGAGGCCCAAUCACUUGCUGACAGCUGGCAAGUUGCGGGCGCCAGCUGGCGUGUACAGCGCAACCGCUGCUGACACCGUGAGGAUCGGGUCGGAAGCGGAGAGACCAGCUUUGGACCGUCGUCAGCGGACUGGUGCUGAAGAAACGGUCUUACUCGACUCUGAGAUCGGGCGCAACCGACCGGGUUUUGGUGGGAAAUCAGAAAGUGGAGCAGGUUCCAAGAGUUCGGUUCCUCGGGUAUCGUUCUCCCCGACCGACCACACACCGGCGAGCUCUCAGGCUACGCGAGCCGAGAGCUUUCCUCCGGGCGGUGGUGGCGCUUCGGACGGGCGGGAGGAGAUGCGGACGCCUGAGUUUGUCCGGCCUGGAGGAACGGACCCUGGCCCGCUCCCCGAGGGACCUUCGGCGCACGAGACUUAUCGCAGGGUUGCAGUAAGCCGGCAAUUGGUGCUGGGCGCAUCUGGAGAAGUGGAGUCGAAAGUAACUGGAAGAGUCGAUGGGGGGACAUCUGCUACGGAGGUGUUGUCCGGGAGACCUUUCCGGAGAAAUGUGAACAUUUUGGGGGAGGUAAAUGCUCGCGGGAUAAACGCUCAGGAGCGUGGCCCUGAGGAUCUUUUCUCGAGGGCUGUGAAGCCGGAGGACACCCGACCAGUUCUGCCGGGGGCGAUCGUCCCAGUCGGUGGGCUGACGUCAAACGCCCGGGUGAUCGCCCAAGAGGUGACGUGGAUGGAGGCGGUGCUGCGCGAUUUCGACGACCUAAAAGCCCAGUCGUCAGAAUGUUCGAAGUCGUUAGACGCGUUAAGGAAAGCGGUUGAUCCAAAUAAGAGCACGUUAGAGUUAGGCGGAAUGGGGUUUCACUCGGGACCGAGUUCUGCCGAGAAACUAGGUCGGGCAGAGAGGAUCUGGGAACUAGAGCAGAGGCACGCGGCCCUGGAGCUUCGCAAGAAGCUGCAGCUUCCCAUGGUCAAGGCGGUGGCCGAACGGAUCAGGUCGAUGGCCCUGGAUUCGUUGGAGACUGCCCUUAGCUUAGGUUGACAGUAGCCUGCCAAGAUCUUCAUUGAUCCGGCCCUUCUUGUCACAUUGGGUUCCCAGGCCCUGCAACGGGAUCGGUCAUCCCGUCAUCCCGAUCUAUCUCCCGCCUGAUCUCCUCCACGAACGAUGAUUGAUUUACGCAAGCAGUUGAA